AUGUCAGCAGCUCCUGUGAUGAGGGUCGCAGAGGCACACAACCACACCGGCCUGUGCGACUGGAUCAGCGGGGGGAACCGAACUGCGCCGCGCGUCACGGAGCGGCUGGACGCUGCCGGCUGCCUCUUUCUAUCCAUCCUGCCCCAUGGACAGGCAGUCCCCGCGCUUAUUGUGAUUUUUGUGCUCCUGACACUCUCCUCAUUUCUGGUUAACGGGUUUAUCCUCUUCAGACUGGGACGCUCUGAAGUUGCGCUCUUUAAGAAUCUGAUCCUGAGCGACCUCCUGCAGACUUUCACCUUCGGUCCCGCGGUCAUCCACUCGCUGAUUCAACGCCGGACGAUUGUGUUCAGCACCUGGUGUCACAUGCAGUACUUUGUGGGGACCGUGACCAUUUUCUCCAGCCUCCUAGCCAUCACGUGCAUGGCGCUGGAGCGCUACUUAGCCGGGGCCUUAUACGUGUGCCACGCCAUCCACUACUUGGUGAUCAUCACUCAGGCGCGCCUGCGGAAAGCCUUGAGCGUAAUUUGGCUGUACUCCACCUCCGUGGCCACCAUCAACAUGCUGCUGCUGAACAUCCUGGGAAGAGGGCAGGACAACGAGCCGGUCACCAGCGGGCUGCUGUGCGAGCCGGACAUGAUGGAGAAGUACAUGGGUUUCCCCCGUGCCUCUGCCGUUUUACGCAAGUCUUUGGGCUUCUUUACUCUGCUGCUGUGCCUGUUCGUGUACGCGUUCUCCUACAUCAGGAUGUACCAGGACGCGCGCAAGGCGAUGAUUCCGUUCCACGCGGUCAACAGCAGGGCGCGCAAUACUGUGCUGUUCUACUGCGGCAUGCUGUUCCUGCAGCUGCUGCCGCUGCUGCUCAAAGUCACCUCGGACGCGAUGUGGGAGGUGGAGGGCACCGCGGCUAUACUGGCGCCGCCGCCUUCCAAGCCGACCCCCUCGGCCACGGCAGCCGCGCUCCACAUGUCGUUGUUGGUGAUGCUUUUAGUGCCUCCGUUCAUCAACCCGCUGGUGUACGGGCUGAGGAACACGGAGACGAGGCACGCGCUGCUCAGCAUCUUCAGCUGCUGGACGGAGAGGAGGCGCGCAGCUGUGCACGGAAUGGAGGAGAUAAGAGUUGGACACUGUAGAAUGAUCGAGGGUCGAGUAUCUUUCACGACUCAGGUUUAUUGUACAGUAAGUCAAGACAUUACAGUAAGCAGCAACAUGACAACUCGCGGGCUUACUCCGAAGUAA